CCAACUCAAUCUAUAAACAAUGUCCGGACGUGGUAAAGGUGGCAAAGGUCUCGGAAAAGGUGGUGCCAAACGUCACCGCAAAAUCCUUCGUGACAACAUCCAGGGUAUCACAAAACCUGCUAUCCGUCGUCUCGCCCGUCGUGGUGGUGUCAAACGUAUCUCUGGUCUUAUAUACGAAGAGACUCGUGGAGUGUUGAAAAUUUUCCUCGAGAAUGUCAUUCGUGACUCUGUCACUUACACCGAACACGCCAAACGCAAGACCGUCACAUCUCUCGAUGUCGUCUACGCUCUCAAGAGACAAGGUCGCACCUUGUAUGGUUUCGGUGCUUAAAUGUGGGACAGGAGAGAAAGGAGGAGAUAUUCGUAGCUUUCGUUUUGUUUACUGCUCUCGCUCCGGCGAUUGAUGCAUUGAAUAUGUUUGAA